AUGAAUGAUUUAGAUCUAUUUUCAAAUUCUCCUUUAUUAAAUCUCACAGGUCAUCAACAUGAACCACCAAUCUACAGUUCAACACCACUUGUUGUCGCAGAAAAGCCACUGUGUUCAUCGACUUCAUCGAGUUUUUUUCUUCCGAUAACAGAAAAUACUCAAAAUAGUGAACAAUUAAUCAAAUUAAAUGAAGAUCUUUGUUUACUUGGCCUAUUUGAUUUUGUUCCAAAAACAAUAAAUAUCGAUCAAACAGCUUCAGUAUGUCGUCAACUGGUAAAAAAUUAUAAUAAACUAGCACAUGAUAAACAUGUAUUAUAUGAAAAAUUAAAAAAAAUUGAAACCGAUCAAGUUAAAUAUGAAAAACGAGAAGAUACUAUUAAAAAUAAUAUCGAUUGUCUUCAAACAACAAAAGAACGUUUAUCAGAUCAUAUUCAACAGUAUGAAACGAAAAUCAAUCAGCUGACACAAGCUAUCCAAACAAAAGAUAAAGAAAUUCGUCGUUUAAAUCAAAUAUUCAAUCAACAAAGCGCCAUUGCUAAACAUCAAUAUAGAACGUUAGAAAAACAAAUGGAUAAAUUAAAGGAACGAAUUUUGAACUUUGAAAAAAAUCGACCAACACCUUCAACCAUCGACUAUCCGUCUCCUUUACUAUUGAAUGAAUCAAUACCAUCAUCAUCAACAACAACACUAUCAUCGUCUUCUACUGAAGCAUUAUUAAAAAAAAUCUGUCAUGACUACGAUCAAAAACAUCGUUUAUUAAUGAUUGAAAAUGAACAAUUACGGCAAUGUGUUGUUGAGAUUCAUCGACAACUUGAACGUCUAUUACUUCUACAUCGAAAUCCAACAGAAGCAUUUAUUGAAAUGAAUAGUAAUGAAGGAUCAUUUGAAACACAAAUAAUGUAUUUACCAUGUGAUGCUGUUAAUGAAAUAGUUCAACGUUAUUUUUCUAAAAUUUACGAUCAACUCGAUCGAUAUAUGUUACAUACAAAUCCUGUUCGCCAAUUGUCAACAGCUUCAUCUGAUGAUAAAGAUAUCAAGAAACCAACAAGUUUACAAGAUCAUUUUCUUCCGUCUUAG